AACCGGCCGAAACAUUAGAGAACUGGGUUGGGCGAAGCAGGACGGAGGAAGCCCACCGCCGAACAAUCUGGACAGCUAUAGGAGCAGACCCGCCAUUCGCAGCGGCUGACCCAGCGGCGGCAGCAGAGCCACCGGCAAGCGGCGAAGCCAGAUCACCAGGCCCGGUGGCACAGAGAACAGCCCCGCCAUCUCGCCGCAGCGCUGGGAAAAUGGAAUCAUCAAGACAGAUAAAGUAUUCGAAGUAAUGCUGGCGACAGACCGCUCCCACUAUGCAAAAUGUAACCCUUACAUGGACUCUCCCCAGUCAAUAGGUUUCCAAGCAACAAUCAGUGCACCACACAUGCACGCCUAUGCCCUAGAGCUUCUGUUUGAUCAGUUGCAUGAAGGAGCGAAGGCUCUUGACGUAGGAUCUGGAAGUGGGAUUCUCACUGCGUGUUUUGCACGCAUGGUUGGAGCUAGUGGGAAAGUCAUAGGAAUUGAUCACAUUAAGGAGUUAGUAGAUGACUCAAUAAAUAACGUCAGAAAGGACGACCCAGUACUUCUGUCUUCAGGGAGAGUGCAUCUGGUUGUGGGAGAUGGAAGGAUGGGCUAUGCCGCAGAAGCACCCUACGAUGCCAUCCACGUAGGUGCUGCCGCCCCUGUGGUGCCCCAGGCGCUACUAGAACAGCUGAAACCCGGGGGAAGAUUGAUACUGCCUGUCGGCCCUGCAGGCGGAAACCAAAUGUUGGAGCAGUAUGACAAGCUACAAGAUGGCAGCGUGAAGAUGAAGCCUCUGAUGGGGGUGAUCUACGUGCCUUUAACAGAUAAAGAAAAGCAGUGGUCCAGAAGAGGCAAAGGUACCGCCCAAAUCAACAGAGCACCCUGUGAGCCAGAGCCAGAUGCAAGUCAAAGAGGAAAGGGCCCUGUGGCAGAGGCUCAGGCAAAUCUCGGUCUAGUGUGCCUCGCUUUAUUGCUCCUCGCAGAUAGUGCGUUUUUGACAGAUUGAAGGGAUGAACUGUGAAGGCAGCAGCCGUGUGAGCAGAGCCUGCUGUCUCAGUGGAUGGCUCCUCUCGGGCCUCAGCUUUGUGAAAACCAACAGCGCCACAGCUUGUUUUGAACUUUGUUACACUUUUAUUUUCAGCAUGAAAAUGUGUGUUUGUUUUUUUUAAGAGUUUAAUUCUUAAAGAGGCACAGAGCCGUAGCAGCAAAAGGAUGUGAAGAAUACAGGGGCAUAUUCCUACCUUAAUAUGCCCACCCUUUACUUUAAAAUAUUAAACAAGCCAGUUCUGCGGAAUGGAAGCCUCGCGCAUUCUGAUUUGGAGGAGUGAUUUUUGUUUCCUCGGACACUUGAUUCUCUUCCGAUAUUAAUGGAUCAGAUGGCUUUUGUGCAUCUGAUACCACACCCUUCACCAGUGAAGCUCCCUGCUGUCUGGUUGGUUGGUAGAUGCUACUCAAAGAAACUAGCGACAGGCCUCCUUUAUAAAGCUUUGAUGUGUGUGCUAGACUAGCGUGUUGUAGAUACAAUCAGCUACUCUCUUACCUUAAAACUAAGCAUUUGUAGAUAUUAAGACUUAAUACCUUGGGACAAGUAAUGUCCCUUAAAGCACUCAGCUGUUCAGAUUGGACUUAACUGACCUAGUUCUUCCUUUCUCCUUCCCACAGCGGUAGGAGACCUGUAGCUCUCGCUCAGUAUUGUUUGUUUCUAAUUUGCUGCUGAUACUAUGACUCUUAACAUGCUGCGUAAGCUGUGUCUUCGGUACUGAACAGGUCUGCAGUGCUGCUUUGCCAAAUAAAGUUGAAAGUUAAAAAGCCA